AUGGCUAGGCACAGCGGCCCAUGCAGCUACAACCUCGGCAUUGGCCCAGUACCCAUAGGACAGCAACAUGGCAGCCUCGCACCUCAGGGGCAGAUCAGAGUGCAGAGCGAGACCUGGGACCAGCCCACCUCCAUGCUGCACCUGGUACAGAAGGGGCAGGGCAAUCAAGGGUUUAAGGGGUGCAACGUUUUGGUGACCCACAGGCAUGGCUGUGAGUCCAAGAGGGAUGGCAAGGCAAGGGAAGGAGUGUGCCAGCGAGACAGGUCAGCACAGACAUCCACUGAGAGGGCGUGUGCUGGUUUUUGGUCUGGCAUGCAGCCGUCUGCGUCCCGCGCAGCACCCGCCGCCCAUUGUGGAAGGCACGGCAGGGAAAUAACCAUGCUGUGCAAGACGUGCAUGUCAGGGCAGCUCGAGAAGGGGGUGACAAGUUGUCAAUCACAUCCCACUCAUCACCAACCAACGUACCCGUUGUGCAGCAGGGAGCGGGCUCCGCCAAAAUUGUGCUUCAUUGGUGUGAUCGUGCCUGCGGGGAAGAUGCAUCUCCGGGUCAGUGAUGGUGCUAGAACAAGGUUGCUAGUCAAAGGCGGCAGCAGGGCCAGGACAUUUCCCGACGGAACUCAGAGCAGGUGCACCAUGCACAUACAUUCAACGUACUGGAAUGAACAGGAUUUGAGAUAG